AUGGGUGACGAGAGCGAUGGAGCAACUUCGGCGCCAGAAUACGCGGGUAGUCCAUCCGGUUACGGUAGAACUAUGGGGCAAAAUGGUCCCACACUUACGGUGAUCCCCGAAGGUGCGCGAUCGACUUCCUUGCCUGGUCGCAGCAUAGUAGCACAGUCUCUGGUUGGAUCGCCGGUUCUGCCGCGACAUACUGCUGCCCAGGACCGCCCAUCGGCAGUGCUGGAUCGGUACCAUGUGUCUCCGCUUAUGAACAGACGAGCUCCUUUACGGCCGGCAGGUCCGGGCAUCAAUGUGGAUAGGCUGAACGUUAAUAGUCUCACGGGUAUUCUUUUUGUACAGUCUCUGGUUGGCUCGCCUGUUCUGCCGCGACAUACUGCUGCACAGGACCGUCCAUCAGCUGUGCUGGAUCGGUACCAUGUGUCUCCGCUUAUGAACAGACGAGCUCCUUUACGGCCGGCAGGUCCGGGCAUCAAUGUGGAUAGGCUGAACGUUAAUAGUCUCACGGGUAUUCUUUUUGUACAGGUAUUAGAGGGACGCGGGUUGAAGAUCCCAGAAAAGCAAAAGGCUGUCACCGAAGGAAAUGUAUUGUGUAUUGGAGGUGGACGAACAACAUCGUUUCGAAUUGUGUAUCUUCUGGAAAACGGUUCUAUGCUUGAAAAUAUGGUAUAG